AUGGUGAACAUUACGGAGAAGAUCAAAGAGAUUGAGCAUGAGAUGAGUAUCACGCAGAAGAAUAAGGCUACAAAUUACCAUCUUGGUCUAUUGAAAGGAAAACUAGCCCGUCUUCGCGCACAACUCCUCGAGCCCGCAGGAGGUGCAGGUGGUGGCGGAGGAAGCGGAUUCGAUGUAUCCAAAUCUGGAGAUGCGCGCAUAGCACUUGUCGGUUUUCCUUCGGUAGGAAAGUCUACUUUCCUCUCCAGAGUCACGAAGACAAAGUCAGAGGCCGCAUCGUACGCCUUCACUACCCUUACAGCAAUCCCCGGUGUACUCGAGUAUGGCGGCGCCGAGAUUCAGGUCCUGGAUUUGCCAGGUAUCAUCGAGGGUGCUGCAGAGGGCAAAGGACGGGGAAGACAAGUCAUCAGUGCAGCGAAGACGAGCGAUCUCAUCUGCAUGAUUCUUGAUGCAACGAAGAAAGCAGAGCAGAGGCGGUUGCUAGAAGCCGAGCUGGAAGCUGUGGGUAUCAGGCUGAACCGCGAGCCACCAAACAUCUAUCUCAAGCCUAAAAAGGCCGGCGGCAUGAAGAUCAACUUUCAGGUUCCACCCAAGCAUCUCGACGAGAAGAUGGUCUACAACAUCCUCAAAGACUACAAGAUGCUAAACUGCGAAGUACUUGUCCGGGACGAAGACGCUACAGUUGACGACUUCAUCGACGUCAUCAUGAAGGAUCACAGAAAGUAUAUUAAAUGUCUCUACGUGUACAACAAGAUCGAUAGCAUUGGUCUACCUCACUUGGACGAACUGGCACGUGAACCACACACGGUCGUCAUGAGCUGUGAGCUCGAUCUCGGUAUUCAGGACGUUGUGGACAGGUGUUGGGAAGAGUUGAGGUUGAUCAGGGUGUACACCAAGAGGAAGGGCAAUGACCCCGAUUUCUCAGAGGCGCUGAUCGUACGACACGGAAGCACAAUUGAAGAUGUCUGCGAUCAGGUGCACCGGACACUAAAGGAGACGUUCAAACAUGCUUUGGUCUGGGGCGCGAGUGCUAGGCAUGUGCCACAGAAGGUGGGUCUGGGACAUGUAGUGAGCGAUGAGGAUGUUGUCAGCAUUGUGGCGAAGUAA